AUGACUUUUGGAUUGGAAGGGGGCGGACGCCUUGAAGAAGAAGACAAAUCUACGGGAGCGGGAAGGUGUUUCUCCACGGGUAGUUCUGGCUUAUAUAGGGAGGGGAGGAGCCAUGAUGACACCAGAGGGGAAACUUCAAGGGCAGGGAUGAAGAAGGUAGGAUGGAGGGUGGAGAGAAUUGUGGAGGUGAGUGGAGGGGGGGGGGAACGGGAUGGUGAGAUUGUGGUGAUGGUGGUGGAAGAAGGCCUAGGAGUGGAGGGGACAGGUGAAGGCAGACGGGGUGGAGGAGGGGGAGUGGAAAGGAGGAAGGGAAGGAAGGAAGGAAGGACAAACAACGCCCCGGUACGUUUUCUCGUCUCUACAAGGCUGGGCCGAAUCAGCGUACGGCACUGGUGAUGGCGGCGACGCAACGUAA